GGUAGCUUUAGAAGAUAAAUUAGAAAAACUGGAUGAUUCUGAAAUAAAACCUUUAGUUGAUGAAAGAGAGAUAGAUGUUUCACUAAAGAAAAAUGAUUCCAUAGAAGAGAGAAAGGAUAUAGCGUGUGAUGGUAGUACCAAAAAAACAAGCUUUUUUGAUGGGAUGCUUCGUUAUUUUGAUCCAUUUAAACAAUUUUUUAAUAAUCUGUUAUUUCCUUCAUGUCGAGUAACAGUUGAUGUGUAUGCUUAUAUGUUUUUUUGUGAUUUCAUAAACUUUUUUAUCGUCGUUUUUGGAUAUUGGGCAUUUGGAGCUGGAAUUAAUAAAGGAGUAACUUCUUAUUUUGAAGAAAAUAAUGUUCCAGUUUCAUUUCUAAUAAUGCUGUUAGCACAAUUUGGUUUAAUUGUCGUAGACAGAGCAUUAUAUCUUAGGAAGCAUAUUUUAGGAAAAUUGAUCUUCCAAAUUUUUCUAGUUUUUCUUGUUCAUUUCUGGAUGUUCUUUAUAUUACCUGCUGUCACAGAUAAACCAUUUACAAGUAAGAAAUACUUGCCACCAAAAUUAUGGUAUUUUGUAAAAUGUGUUUAUUUGCUUUUGUCUGCCUAUCAAAUACGUUCUGGAUAUCCGACGCGUAUUUUAGGAAAUUACUUUUGUAAAAAAUACAACUAUAUUAACUUGUUUUUAUUUAAAGGAUAUAUGGCAAUUCCAUUUUUGUAUGAAUUACGUUCUUUAAUGGAUUGGAUCUGGACAGAUACUAGCAUGAAUGUUGGAAAUUGGUUAAAAAUGGAAGAUAUAUUUGCUCAUGUUUUUGUCUUAAAAUGCCAAAGACGUGCUGAAGAUGAAUAUCCAACUCCAAGAGGGGCAAAACGAUCGCCUGUGAUAAAAUAUGGUGUUGGUGGAUCUAUUUUACUGAUAAUCAUUUUAAUUAUUUGGUUUCCAUUACUUCUAUUUGCAUUAGGAAAUUCUGUAGGUCAGUCAUUUAAACCUUAUGAUUGCACAAUUGAACUAGCUAUUAGUGGCUAUGAACCUAUAUUCAAAGUCAGUGCUCAACAGAAUGCAUUACAGACUUUGACACCAGAUCAAUGGCAAAAUAUGGUAUAUCAUUUUCAAGCUAAUCCUUCUAUAAUGUCAUUUUUAGCAAAUUAUGAUAUGAACGAUGUUAUAAUGGUUGAGCUAAACAGUAAUUCUACAUCACUAUGGGCAAUCAGUCCACCUAGUCAGUCAGCAUUGAUAAAGGAGUUACAGAAUGAAACAGAUAUUCUAAAAAUGAAGAUAUCUUGGUCAUUUUCACGUGCAUUAAAUGUAUCCAGUGAUAUGGAUAAAACGGUUGGAAAUGAAUAUGAAAUUCUUCUACAAGACAAAAAAACAAGAUCAGCAUUAGCCUCAAUGUUGAAUGGAACAGAACAGAGUGCUCCAAUUAUAAUACACAGAAUUUUUCCAAAAUUUUUGAGAGUUUAUGGAAAAGGAAAAGUUCUUCCAAUCAGAGAGUUUGCUGAUGCUGAUGUCACCACUCAACCAAAUGACUCACUAGAUGCAAGAUUAUAUCCUAGAAACUUGUCAAUAUCUUUAAGAUCUGGUGGUUUCAAUAAUCUGAGUUCACAAGCAGAAUGGUGGGAAGUACAAGAAAACUGCGCAGAAUCAAAUUAUCCUUACUCUUUCUUACGAUUUGAUAACUGUAAUGUUUUGAGAAUAUUAGCUUUUAAUGAUAGAGUUUUACCAUCAGAACUGUAUGUGCUUUCAAAGUAUGGAAUCGUUGGAUUGUAUACAACCUUUGUAUUGUUGGUUUCUCGACUGAUACGUAGUUUUGUGGCUGGAUCUUCAUUUACGAUUAUGUUCGAUGACAUGCCUUAUGUUGACAGAGUAUUGCAGCUUUGUUUGGACAUUUAUUUGGUUCGUGAAAGUGGAGAAUUUUCUCUUGAAGAAGAUCUAUUUGCAAAAUUAUUGUUCCUGUAUCGUUCACCAGAGACACUUAUUAAAUGGACUAGAUUUCCUGAACGGCAACAAUAGUAUAUAUUUAAUUUUGGGAUUUUAAUAUCAAAAUUUAAUGGCUUCAACUGAAAAUUGUUUUUCACCAAAGUCAAGAGGGUUUACAGAAGAUAUUUUUACAUCUGAAGUUUCAAGUGUAUAUUUUUGAAGUAAUGAUGUUCUUUGAAGAAAGUGAAUAGUGUGGUUUGCUAGUAUUAAUAUAUUGACAUAAUUAUAUAUAAAGACUGGGAUAUUUUAUCUUUUGAACUCUAUAUUCCCUAUUGUACAGUCUCAAUUUUAUAAUUUAUCAAGGGUCAAAGCAGUUUGCAGGUAUUGAUAAAACAACAAUAAUAAUUUCCUGCCAAUUUACAGCUUCUAUGCAAUCAUCCAGCAGGAUAUUUAUAUAAAGCUGAGUUUUUCUUUGAAAAAUUUUGUAAUUAUGUAAACUGAUUUUUAUUUGUAGCAUAUUUUUAUAUAGUCGGAUAUUUGAAACAAUUCUUUUAAUUUAAUAAGUCUUUUUGAAAUCAGUUAUUAUAAUAGAGAAACAUCGUUUUUGGAAGAAGGAACACAAAUCAUGCCACAAACAAAUAAUGAAUUCAAAGUGUAUAGAGUCAUCUCUAUAACAACUUAUGUAUACAACAAAGAAAAGAAAAUGAAAAUAAAAUUACCUUGUAAAUUUGUAA